UUUUUCUCCUUUUUAUAACCCAAAAUCUAGAGGGGCAAACUCAAGAUGGGUAUUUACUUAACGCUAAUUCUUUGCUUGGGACUGGCAGAAAUUGUGCGACGAUGCAUUUCCAGCUUGAUGUUGGCAUUCACAGGGCCACUUUCAAAGAUUCCAGGACCCUUCGUAUCGAAGCUCACUCGAUUUCCAUGGGCGUUGGAGUCGAUUCAAGGAAAGCAUAUGAAUUUCACCCAUCGAUUGUUUCAGAGAUAUGGCGAUAUUGUUCGAGUUGCACCUACCACGGUCUUGAUUGCCGAUAAGGCUGGUAUCCAGAAGAUUCUCGUUGAAGAAGAUCUGGUGAAAGCACCGUUCUUUGACGCGCUGCGACUUCAUCCGGGCAAUCCGAUGCUUGUCACGGAGAGGAAUAAGGCAUCACACAAGAGCACAGAUGUCAUGAGCGCCACAUCGCUAGGUGGAUCCUCGCAUCUGGUCACAUCUAAUGAUACGAAGCUCAAGAAAACAUUUGUAUCGAUCUUGGUGAAAGCUGCCAUCAACGGGCAGUUUCCUUACCUGAGAUACAUUCCGUUCUGGCCUCAACCGAUAUCAGCUGAGAUGAACAGGCUACUGGAAAAUGUUCUCAAGAAGCGAGAUAUUGCAGGUCAACCAGCCAAGAGGGAUAUUGUCCAGAUUAUUCUUGAUGCGCACCAAACGGAUCCUGUAGGUUUCCCAGAAAUCCGCAUGAGAGAUGAGAUUACCAUGUUCAUGGUAGCAGGGAGUGAGACAACCAGCGCAUCAACUACCGCGAUUCUAUUGCAUCUUGUCAACAAUCCAGCGAAGCUCAAGCUGUUGGAAGAAGAGAUUGAAUCGAAAUUUUCUGAAAAUGAUGAAAUCACUUUUGCCAAGCUUCAUGAUUUGCCAUACUUGAACGCCGUGAUCUGGGAAGGCUUAAGACUGAUGACGGCCCCUGCUGGUCUUUUGAGAUACACAGAAAAGCCAACCAUUAUAAGCGGAUACGAAAUACCUUCCAAUACAAUCGUUCAACCCUGGCCUAUGGCACUGAUGAAAGAUCCUCGCAUCUGGCCUGAUGCAGAUAGCUUCAUACCGGAAAGAUGGCUUGGGGUGUAUAAAGGAGUCGAGGCUAAUAGGAGUGACGUCCUUGCAUUCUCUGCUGGGUCGAGAAACUGUAUUGGAUGGCAAUUUGCAAUGAGAGAAAUGCGUCUCAUUCUGGCAAGACUGGUUCGUAGGUAUGAAUUAAGUUUGGUGGAGGGACAAUCGCAUGAGAGGAGGUAUCAUUCUACUCCUUGGUUUGUGCAAGGGUUUUAUAAAGUUGGAAUCAAGCAGAGGCAGCCUAGCCAUGCGUGACAUACAUUUAAAACAUUCUUUGAUUGUAUUCGGAGUUAUGAACUCAAACUGAACGAUGAUUCAUGUAGCAUUUCAGUAAUAUACUACAAGGCGUACGGAGGACCCGGUACAAUAUAAUAGAG